AUGCCUUCGAUACAAAGUAAUCUGGUGUAUAUUGUAUCUAAUUUUGGAUUUUUGCCUGACACAAUUACAAAACUAGAAACAAGAGGUGUAUUACUAUCGAAAAGUGUAGAUAUUGUAAAUAAUAUAAAGAUUAAACUCGAAGAAUGCAAUGGCGAAAUAGCUAAAUUGAUUUUGGAUAAAUUCAACAAAGUUAUAUCGAAGAACAAAGGAUGGGAAAAUAUCAAAAAGAUCAACCGAGUAUUGAUUGGAGAAACCACAAGCGAUGACGAUCUAUCAAGUAGCAAUCUUAAUUUAGAUAAUUAUUUAAGUAUGAAAUACGCCCCGAUAACUUCGGUGGACGUAGAAAGAUCGUUUUCGAUCUACAAAAAUAUUUUAACCCCAAACCGUAGCCGUUUUACUGAAGACAGACUAUAA